AUGGCGUCUAGGCUGGAAACAAACUUGCAGCGGCUGCUUUCAAGAUGUGAAGUGAUGGCCGCAGAAAGGAGGCACUCUGACUGGAGAUUAGAAAAGUUUAAGCAACUACUUGACAACAUUGCUGCCAAAUGUCUGAUAACAAAGACAUCAAUGAAUAUCAGAAGAACUAGGAAGAAGAAAAGGACAUUCACAUCAGCUCAGUGUACCAUAAUGAAAAUAGAACUGGAAAGACUGGCCAGCAAACCCACCCCGGAAAUAAUGCAAGAAUAUACAAAGAAGAUAGAAUUCCUCCGAGGACUCAUUGCAACAGAAAAGCUGACAUGUGCCAGUGACAAAGCUAUGGCAAGUCAGUUGUUGACACCAGGCAAGACGAUUACAUUGCCCGAUACAUCAUCAGCAUCUUCAGUUACGACCAAAGAACUUCAUUUACAAGCAGCAUCGCGAUAUACAAAUGAAAUGAGAGAUGAAUUAUUAGGGAGACUUGGCGACACAACAAGGUUGGCUGAUAUCAACUAUGAUAAGCUGGACGUUGAAAGUAAAAGACUUGAAGCGCACACUAAGAAAGCCUGUAACUGGUGGGUGUGGAUCAUGAUGGCUAUCGUCUGUCUCACUUUUGUAUGGAUGAUAAUGUUUAUCAGAAUGUUCCCAAAGAGAUCAUAG